CCUCUGCAGACCCAUAUACGGUGUAAUUAGUGCAGGAAAUUCCACAAGAAAAACUCCAAAAGAUAAAAGAUAAAGAGGAGAAACCAGUGGCCGAGGCCUGAGGGAUUUCAGAGUCAAACAUAGUACACGCAAUAGAUUUCUUGAAAAAUAGAGAGUGAGAUGAGAAAAAAAAGUCAGGAAGGUGGAAAAUCAGGAGAGAAGGCAAAGACUUUCUUGUAAACUGCAUCAUUAUGAAAAUAGUGUAGUCAAUGUCGACAUUAUUAGUGUAGUCAAUGGAGUUGGUUAGAUUUCAGGUCCUUGGGGUGAAAUUUCCAUCUUGUGAACCAAAGAGAUGGAAAAUAACAGAGAUUGAAUAACGAAACUGUACUCGACUUCAUUGCUUCCUCCUCUAGACUAAUCUAUCGAGAUUUUACUAGCUAGUUUUUGGUAUUUCUUGAUUGAUUUUGAUAUGGGUGUUGUUGUAGACUAUUGGAAGUUGUUUGCCUUUUUGGUCAUUUCUGUUCAUGUUCAGGUCUUGAAUUCUCAAAACCUGAACUGCAAUCCCGAAGACCUGAGAGCUUUGAAUGAUUUCGCAAAAGGUCUGGAGUCUCGUAUUAAUUCAUGGGGUAAGAAUUCAGAUUGCUGUAAUUGGGUCGGCGUUCUAUGUGAGUCUUCUAUCAAGUUGGGAUUAAAUGGUUCUAGUGUUUGGGAUAAAAAGGUUGUGGGUCUGGAGCUUGGAGACAGAUCCUUAAGCGGGAAUCUGUCCGAUGCAUUGGAUGGAUUUGACCAACUACGGUACUUGAAUCUCUCGCACAAUUCCUUUACAGUUGAUAUUAAUCUACCGGCGAUAACAUAUUUUGAUGUCUCGGUAAACUACUUUGCUGGAGCAUUUCCAGCUGGGUUUGGAAAUUGUACUUCAUUGCAACAUCUUUCCCUUGAUUCCAAUAAUCUUUCAGGAAAUCUACCAGAUGAUUUAUGGAUGCUAAAACAGUUAAACACAUUACAUAUUCAGGGCAAUAGCAUCUCUGGGUCACUGAUUGGAGUCGCUAAUCUCUCUAACCUUGUAAAGUUAGAUUUAUCCCAGAAUAGUUUCUCACACACCCUCCCAAAUAUAUUUGCGAGCCUGCGAAAGCUGGAGUAUUUUAAUGCUCAUUCAAACUUCCUAUCUGGUUUUCUGCCAACUUCAUUGUUAAAUUCCCCAACAAUUCAGUUCUUGAAUCUUCGGAACAAUUCUUUUGAAGGAUCGUUAAAUCUUAACUGGACAAAUAUGGUCAGUUUAAGGUUCCUUGAUCUCGGUUCGAAUCAGUUUCGCGGGCCAAUUCCCGAUAGUCUAUCUUCUUGUCGAGAAUUAAGAUUUUUAAAUCUUGCUCGGAACUACCUUAACUCUUCAGUUCCCGACAGCUUUAAGAAUCUACAUGCUCUCUCUUUCCUCUCACUCUCCAAUACCAGCCUUCAUAAAAUAUCGUCUACUCUUGAGGCUGUUCAACAUUGCAAGAACCUUACCACACUAAUUCUUUCAAUCAACUUCCAUGGUGAGGAGAUCCCAGAUGCAAAUUUUGAGUUCAAAAGUCUGCAGGCUCUCAUAAUUCCAAACAGCAGGCUCACAGGUUCGAUUCCGUAUUGGCUGAGCAGCAGCACCAAAUUGCAACUUUUAGAUUUAUCUUGGAACCGCUUAGUUGGUACUAUUCCAGACUGGUUCAGCCAACUAGAAUCUCUAUUUUACUUGGACUUGUCAAGGAAUUCUCUUUCUGGAGAGAUCCCAAUAGGCUUGACCCAAAUGCCGAGCCUCAUCGAUCGCAAUAUAUCAUUUGAAAAUCCCCUUGCUGCUCCGCUUUUCAUGAAACGGGGCCUGUCUGCGAGGGGAAUGCAGUACAACCGAAUAUUAAGUUUUCCACCAACUUUGAAGCUCAGCUGCAACAUGCUCAGUGGACAAGUACUGCCAGAAUUUGGGAACCUGAAGAAACUCCAUCUGUUGGAUUUACAGUCAAAUCAUCUUGAAGGACCUAUUCCACCUGAACUAUCAGGUAUGGAAAGUUUAGAGGUAUUGGAUUUGUCCCAUAAUAAUCUAUCAGGGAUGAUACCUUCUUCACUAACCUCUCUGAGUUUUUUGUCGCGGUUCUGCGUAGCAUACAACCACUUGUUUGGGAAAGUUCCCGCAGGUGGACAGUUCUCGACUUUCCCCUGUUCAAGUUUCGAAGGGAACCAUGAUCUCCAAGAUUUGGGAUGUAAUGUUCACCCUACUUCUAAAAGUGAACCUUGGGAAAGUCCCCCCUCAGGGAAUGACGAGGAAGAAAGCAAUGUGGCAAUAUUUGGGCCAACAUUUGGAGUUGGAGUGACAGCUGGUUUCACUGUUACUGUUCUGAUUUGCUUCAUGUCUGGAAUGUUUAUGCCACCGGUUAGGCAGGGAAGGUCCUGUAGAGCAGCAAUACAUAACCAAUGAUGCAUAUUACAAUCAAUUGAAGCAAAAUCCAAGAAGAUUCAGAUGUUUAAGAUUUCGUGGAGCCUUAAUCUCCAAUCUGGUUUCUGUAUUAAUCAUGUAGCAAUUUCAAGUAUAAUUUGCAAAAACAUGGUUCUGCAGUAUUCUGUUGGUAGGUAGGAUUAUCAUUUAUAUCUUACCAUUGUUGAUGA